AGUUGGCUCUUCGCAUAUCAUGGCUCCUCCAAGGACCUUUACUGCUGCCACGGCUGCUACUGUCGCUCUCUGCGCAUGCAUCGCCGUCAUUCAGAUGCGCUCGCUCCCAUCUGCCCGGCUCCAGGUUGGCGAUCAAUUCAGCGAGCAUUCCAAGAAGGCUUAUGUUGCCCUUCCUGAUGCUGGAAGCUUGGGAACUGACAAGGCCUUCAUCGGCAAGGGUGACGGCUCUGGCCAGAGCACCAAGGACAAGGCCAAGUACCAGAUGCUUGCUGGAGGUGUCUCCAAGGCUCCCCACAACUGGUUGCCCUGGGCCAAGCCGGUCGCGGUCCACAAGAAGCACUGGAGACCCACCAGAGCCUCCAAGUUGGUUCCCAAGUACACUGCUGCCAAGAAGCAGCACAUGCUCGCCAUGAAGAUGCAGAGAAUGGGCCACCUCCGUGCUGCCCGUCCAGUCUUCUCCAGUGACACCCCUGGAUCCAUGAUGGGGACCAACGAUGUCUUCCUCGGUGCCCACCAGGGUGGUGAUCCUACCUUCAGCACCCAGUCCCAGGUCGCCACUCCCAGGUACGGCGUUCGUGCUGGUCCCAACGUCCGCCAGCAGCAGGCUGUUUUGAAUGUGCGCAGGGGACCAUGGCAGGUGGCUCCUAUCCGCGUCUUCAACUAAGCUCGCAAUUUUUGGACGGCGAGUGAGUUCGUAGGAUGGAAUGAAAUGAUUUUU